UGCACACUGUGCUGCAGUUUGACCAGAAAUGUGCUAACUGUUCAGGCAAAGAGAAGAAAAAACAUCAGAGAAACAAAAAUGAUUGAAUUCAGAUCAAUUACACUGUCUUUAUGUCUGAUUCUGGUGCUGAAGUUCACGGCAACAAAGCAAAGUUCUUCAUCUGUCAUUGAGAGAGCAGAAGGUGAAGUCACCUUGCCCUGUGAAAACAUGAACAAUAACUGCUUACGGAUUAACUGGCUCUUCAGUAAAUCAGCUACGACACCAGCAACAAAUCUGGUUAAGCUUGGUCAGAUUAAUCAAACUCAGGCUUCCAGAGCUAGAGGAGAUAGACUGAGUGUCUCAGCAAAAUGCUCACUGAUAAUUCAGAGGGUCACCGCUGCAGAUGUUGGGACAUAUUUCUGCCAACAACUUAACAACUUAGGACAAAAGGAGAUUACAACCACUGCCAUUUUGUCUAUUCUGAACAUUACUGAACAGAGGGAUGGUGAAGAGGUGACUCUAAAAUGCUCUGUUAUAUCAAAUGAUCCAUGCAAACACAGUAUAAAAUGGCUUCUUAAUGGUCAAAAUAUUGAUAAAAAUGGCAAAAAUCUGAAGACAGAACAGUCCAAUUGUUUUGCCAAAGUCACAUUUCAGAUGUCACAUGCUUAUGAACCGGGCAGUUAUGACUUACUAAAAUGUGAAGUAGCAGAGACUGGAGCCAGAGGAAAGCAGUUUAUUUUCAGAUCCCAAAUCCCAGGAAGAGCGAAUGGAAAAUCUGAAAAUAAUGAGGCAAAACAACCAUCUGGUGUGUGGUGGUUGUAUGUCAUUGUAGCUGUGGGUUUGGCAGCUUUCCUGUUAGCUGGCGGGCUUCUCAUUAAAAGAAAUAAAAAUAAAGGAAAAAAAACACAAGUGGAUGAAAACCUGGAUGAACCAGAUGGAACCAUCUUGUAUGCUACCAUUUUCCUUGCCAAGACGACCAGCAAUAAGGUUUGGACUGAUACUACUGUUAUAUACAGCGCUAUCAAUGCUGAAGCAUCCUUGGAUCCGAUCGACCACUAUGCUUCAGUUAAAUAACCAAACUGGUAUAUUUGUUCAUUCAAAAGGGGCAGAUUUUUUAAGAGAGGUACAUCUGCCCAUGUUGCAGAGAACAGGGUACAUCUGCUCUUGUUGCUACUCGGAUCUUUUUACACGUUAGAUUAAGAUUUUUAAAGCAAGAAAAACAGUGUUUAACCAGCACACUUUCCUUUCACUUUGUUUUAUGGGGAAAACUUUGAGCACAGUUCUAUAAAUAAGCUUUUUUCUUCUUUCAAUUUAAACUGUAAAACUAGAUUGAAAGGUUUGUCUUAAAACACUGAAUAACAAAAUUCAUACCAAACAAAUAAAAAAUCCAUCCUGUGUUGCUGUACAGGCAUUUAUGUCCACAAGAGGUCGAUAUAGGUCAGGAUUUAACUGACAAAGUAGUUUCCCAGUUUUGUUUGCAAAAGUAUUCAUACAUCAGUAAAUUUUACAGAUUUUAUCAUGUCGCAUUAGUACAUGUAUUUAUUAGGUCGCAGUAGAAAAAUAAACUGUGAGGCCCAGCCUCUCAGUCCCACACGCCAUGCAGGGGACAGCUAAAAUGUAAAAGAGUGUGCUUUGUUCAGAUUAGACCAAAGCUGGAUUUUCUGGCCUAAAUGCUUUUUGUGGCUGAGAAUGAAUACUGCACACACCUCAAACACACAAUUCCAACAUAGAAACAGCUGGAGACUGGCCUGACUUGCUAGGAAAGAAGAAACCUUGUUAGAGGCUGCAAAGGUCAAACGGGCUGGGGGAAGUUCCCCUCCGGGAAGAACGACUUGCAAUGGACUGCAAUGGAAUUUCCUCUAAAGUUUUGACAUGUAUACCUAAUGUCUGUAUGCUGUGAGCGUGUGAGACCAGAGUCAAACUCCUGGUUUGCACUUAGAAUUGGCCAAUAAAGCUGAUUCUAAUUCUGUUAGACUGCACCCCAAAAAAUAAUGAUCACUCUUGUACUCCAUCCAAUCUAACUGAGCUUGAGCUAUUUUGUGAGGAAGCACUGUAAACAUAUUUAGUCUUUAGAUGUGUAAAGCUUGUAGAUAUUUUAUUAACUACUGACACUGGGGCUGGGGUGUGAUUAAAUACAUACGUGAUACAUUCUGAUUUCAAUUGUAAAAACAAAAAACAUUAAAAAACAUGACUCUUU